AUGACCAAAGGGGAUACUGAUACUGAGAGGCCUAAAGAGAUUAAGCAUCCCAAGCCUUCUGAUGAGGCUGAAGCAGAGUCAGAAGAACCUCGUGCUGAGGCUGAAGCAGAGGCAAAGACAGGGAAAUUCUCCAAGAGGCCUACAGAAAAUGAGACAGAUUCAAAGGGACUUCCAGAGAGAAAGACAGUGGAUGAGGCAUUGCCUCCCGAAAAGAAGCAAGGGGAUAAAAAGAAGGACCAUGCUGAGAAAGACUCAGAGGUGCAGCCCAAGAAAAAGGCUGGGGAUGAGAAGGACUCAGCAGUUCAUGAUAAGAAAAAGCCCGGGGAUGAGAAAAAGCUCCGUACUGAGAAGGACUCAGCGGUGCAUGAUACGAAAAAGCCCGGGGAUGAGAAAAAGCUCCGUACUGAGAAGGACUCAGCGGAGCAUGAUAAGAAAAAGAAUGGGGAAGAGAAAAAGCUCCAUACUGAGAAGGACUCAGCGGAGCAUGAUAAGAAAAAGAAUGGGGAAGAGAAAAAGCUCCAUACUGAGAAGGACUCAGCGGUGCAUGAUAAGAAAAAGCCCGGGGAUGAGAAAAAGCUCCGUACUGAGAAGGACUCAGCGGAGCCUGAUAAGAAAAAGACCGGGGAUGAGAAAAAGCUCCGUACUGAGAAGGAAUCAGCGGAGCCUGAUAAGAAAAAGACCGGGGAUGAGAAAAAGCUCCGUACUGAGAAGGACUCAGUGGAGCAUGAUAAGAAAAAGACCGGGGAUGAGAAAAAGCUCCGUACUGAGAAGGACUCAGUGGAGCCUGAUAAGAAAAAGACCGGGGAUGAGAAAAAGCUCCGUACUGAGAAGGACUCAGCGGAGCAUGAUAAGAAAAAGCCCGGGGAUGAGAAAAAGCUCCGUACUGAGAAGGACUCAGCGGUGCAUGAUAAGAAAAAGCCCGGGGAUGAGAAAAAGCUCCGUACUGAGAAGGACUCAGCGGUGCAUGAUAAGAAAAAGACCGGGGAUGAGAAAAAGCUCCGUACUGAGAAGGACUCAGCGGAGCAUGAUAAGAAAAAGACCGGGGAUGAGAAAAAGCUCCGUACUGAGAAGGACUCAGCGGAGCAUGAUAAGAAAAAGACCGGGGAUGAGAAAAAGCUCCGUACUGAGAAGGACUCAUCGGUGCAUGAUAAGAAAAAGACUGGGGAUGAGAAAAAGCUCCGUACUGAGAAGGACUCAGCGGUGCAUGAUAAGAAAAAGACUGGGGAUGAGCACCAUACAGAGAGAAAGACUGCAGAUCAUAAGAAGGACCGAAAAGCAAAGAAGGUGGAGACUUCCAAAGUGAAGGGAAAGAAGAAGAUAAGCAAACGUCCAGCUAAGUCUAAGCCAACUAAAAAGGAAAGUGACACAAAGAAGGCAACACCUUCAGCUAAGACUACGGCCCCUAAGAGCAAGAAGAGUAUAAGUGCGCCAAAGAAGGCAGUAAAAGCCGUCAAAAAGCCGACAACAACAGCAAAACGGCCGACAACAACAGCAAAACGGCCGACAACAACAGCAAAACGGCCGACAACAUCAGCAAAACGGCCGACAACAACAGCAAAACGGCCAACAACAUCAGCAAAACGGCCGACAACAACAGCAAAACGGCCAACAACAAAAGCAAAACGGCCGACAACAACAGCAAAACGGCCGACAACAAAAGCAAAACGGCCGACAACAACAAAACGGCCUACAAAAACAGCAAAACGGCCAACAACAUCAGCAAAACGGCCGACAACAACAGCAAAACGGCCGACAACAGCAAAACGGCCUACAAAAACAGCAAAACGGCCAACAACAUCAGCAAAACGGCCGACAACAACAGCAAAACGGCCGACAACAAAAGCAAAACGGCCGACAACAACAGCAAAACGGCCGACAACAACAAGACGGCAGACAACAACAGCAAAACGGCCAACAACAAGACGGCCGACAACAACAGCAAAACGGCCGACAACAACAGCAAAACGCCCGACAAAAACAGCAAAACGCCCGACAAAAACAGCAAAACGCCCGACAAAAAAAGCAGCGUCCAGUGUAAAACCCAAGAAAAGUUUGUCACGUACUAAGACAGCAAAGAAGUGA